CCGCAGCUUUGAGUAAAAGGCAGAGCUUCAAAUGUGUCGCUGCAACCUCCUUAGUAGAUUCCUCAGAUGACAUGGAAAACCAUUGCCACCCAUUGCAAAAGGUGCUCUAUAAGAAAAGCGUGCCCAUGCCAGACAAUGCACUCCAGGUACGGGGCUAUGACUUCAACAAUGGGGUGGAUCACCGAGCCCUGCUACAGUCCUACACCAGCAUGGGCUUCCAGGCUACCAACGUGGGUUUGGCUAUCGAGCAGAUCAACUGCAUGAUAGAGAAGCGUCUGGAGCCAGUGAGUGACAGUGAUCAGGAAGCACCUUCCACCUGCCCCUGCCGCAAAGGCUGCACCAUCUACUUGGGUUACACCUCCAACAUGAUCAGCUGUGGAGUCAGGGAGAGUAUCCGCUACCUAGCAGAGCACAGCAUGGUGGAUGUCCUGGUGACCACAGCAGGAGGUAUAGAGGAGGAUUUUAUCAAGUGUUUGGCACCUGUCUACAUGGGAGACUUUGCCCUGCCUGGCAAAGACCUGUUUGAAAAGGGCCACAACAGGAUAGGGAACCUUCUGAUGCCCAAUGACAACUACAUUUUGUUUGAGGAGUGGGUGUUGCCCAUCUUUAAGCAGAUGCUGGUGGAGCAGGAGACUGAGGGGGUCCGUUGGACCCCAUCAAAGAUUAUCCAUCGCCUGGGCAAAGAGAUCAAUGACCCUGAAUCUGUCUACUACUGGGCCUACAAGAACAAUAUCCCAGUGUUUUGCCCGGCCCUGACGGACGGUGCUUUCGGAGACGUGCUGCACGAAUAUUCGGCCCAGAUCCCGGGGUUCGUUGUGGACAUAGCGGAGGAUAUUUUGAGGUUGAACAACAUUACAGUGGCUUCCAACCUGACAGGGAUGAUCAUCCUAGGAGGAGGUGUAGCCAAGCACCACAUUGCCAACUCCAAUUUCUUGAAAAACGGAGCCAGCUACUCGGUGUAUGUGAACACGGGUCAGGAGUUUGAUGGCUCUGAUUCGGGAGCCAGACCUGAUGAGGCAGUGUCCUGGGGCAAGAUCAGCACAGCGGCUAAGCCUGUGAAGGUGUUUGCAGAUGCCUCUAUUGUCUUCCCUCUGCUGGUAGCUGAGAGCUUUGCGCUCCACGCCGACAGGCUGAUUGCCAGAAAGAAAGCCACUCAAUGAAAGCCUUCUCAAACCCUCAGUUAGAAACA